AUGCCGCGAAGUUCAAGGCACAAAUCAAGCAAGCAUAGUUCUAGGGAUGCUAGGGACUACUCAGAUUCGGAGAAAGAUUCGGGCUUAAAGGAGAAGGAAAAGAAGACUAAGGAGGAGAGCAGUGGUAGGGUUUCCAAGGAGUCGGGAUCUUCUGAGAAGAGAAAGCUUGACACGAAGGAGACCAGUAAAGACUUCUGGAGUUCGGGGAACGGCGAGUAUGUGGAGGAGUACAGUUCCUUAAAGCGGCGCAAGGAUAAGGCAGAUGAUGGAGUCAGCGACAGGUGGAAUGGUGGUGAGGAUGAUGGUAGAGGAGAGAAGAAGUCGAAAGCUUCUAGCGAAUCAAAGAGUAAGAGACGAGAGGAGGUGGAAGGAGAUGAUGCAAAAAAGAGUAAGAGUGAGGGGAAGCAUCGAGAGUCCAGUAGAAAGGAGGAAAGGGAGAGAGAGAAGAAAGGUAAAGAAAGCAAGAGUGAUAGGUUGAUUGAGAGUGAAGAACAUCGAACUGUAAAACAAUCUGCUGAGAAAACUGGUAAGGUUAUUGGCUUGAAAGGUACAUAUAAAUCCCAAAGACCUGAUUAUAUCCUUAGUAGUUUAGGCUUGAAUGGCUUGGAAGAGUUGGAUGUACCGGAUCGUUUGCUAAGUCCUGAAUCUGAGAGCCAGCUUGAGAGACGACUUAGGAAAAGGAGAGAUGAUUCUGGUGAUGUGGAUAAGCAUCAGGAAGAUAAUGGAGACAUUCUAGAUAGACAAGUAUCAUUAAGGAAUGAAACUGGCAAGGAUGGAAGAACAAAAGAUGAGAAGCACAAGGAUGAGAGAUACAGAGACAAGUAUCGAGAAGACAUGGACCGCGAUGACAAGUACCGAGAUGAUAAAUUGAGAGAUGAGCGACCAGCUAGAGAUCAUGCUAAUAGUAAGUCUAGUGAGAAGAAUGCAAGGGAUGAAAAAGAUGCUGUGGAAGUUCGCCAGAAGAAGUCCAAGGUUCAAGAUGGUGAUCGUGAGCGUGAUCAUGACCAUGAUAGAGAGCGUGAUCGUGAUAGGGAGCGUGAACGCGAUAGGGACCGUGAUCCAUCUCUUCUGCAACAGCUUGCACCUGAACCAUCGUAA